AUCGGGGAUUAGACUAUUAUCGUUAUAGUUUAGACCGAUCAGUUAAUGCUGGACAAACUCAGUUGUCACCUGAGGCAAAAUCGGAACACAUUUCUAAGCAAUCUAGGACUGAACUUAAUUUUAAAUUUA